AUGAGACUCCGCAAAGCCGCCCGCGUCAUUCUCGUUGGCGCCCCCGGUGUUGGGAAAGGAACGCAGUCCGAACGUCUUCUCCAGCGAUUUCCGCAGAUCCAGUCCAUCAGCACGGGAGACCUGCUCCGCAACAAUGUCAAGCACCGGACCCCUCUUGGCAUCAAGGUCGAGAAGACCAUGAAGUCCGGCGGACUGGUCGCUGAUGAUCUGAUUAUGCGCCUGAUCUCCAACGAAAUGUACAAGAACGGAUGGCUGCUCAACAGCCGCAGAAGGCCUCAACUCAUGACGCUCUCUUCCUCCUCGACCGCCGUAGACUCCUUCUACGACGAGCACAUGGACGACUGGGUGACGACUUCAGGCGCGCUUGACAGUCACUCCGCUCCCGAGGCCUCUGAGGACCCUGCGGCUUCUUUCAUUCUCGACGGUUUCCCGAGAACGGCAACCCAGGCUGUGGUUUGCGACAAGCUCAUCCCCAUCAAUUUGGUCGUGUCUCUCAAGACCCCGUUCCACGUCGUGAUGGAGCGUAUUUCCGGUCGCUGGGUCCAUGAGCCUUCGGGUCGCGUGUACAACACCACUUUCAACGCCCCAAUGGUGCCGGGGAAGGACGAUGUCACCGGAGAGCCCCUCACGCAGCGCCCGGACGAUACCGAGGCGGUGUAUAAGGAGCGCUUCCGCAAGUUUCAGGAGACCAGCGAACCCCUUCUCGAGCACUACGACAAGAAGGGCGUUCUCUGGGAGGUUGAGGGUAUGAGCAGCGACGAAAUCAGUCCCCUUCUUUUCGACGAAUUCGAGCGACGCUUCGUUCAUUGA